CACAGGCUAGAAGGCAAAGUUGCAAUAAUAACUGGUGGGGCAAGUGGGAUCGGAGAGGCCACAGCUAGACUAUUUGUUAAACAUGGUGCGAAGGUUAUCGUCGCGGACAUACAAGACCAGCUAGCUCAGUCAGUUUGUUUGGACAGCAAUGUUACUUAUGUACACUGUGAUGUCACUAGUGAUUUGGACAUGAAAAAUGUGGUUGAUGUUGCCAUUGUCAAGUAUGGUAAGCUAGACAUAAUGUACAACAAUGCUGGAAUCACUGGCGAUCUUGACCAAACGAUAUUAGGCACUGGAAAUGAGAACUUCAAAAGGGUUUUUGACGUCAAUGUAUAUGGUGCGUUCUUGGGUGCUAAACAUGCUGCUAAGGUCAUGAUUCCUGCAAAAAAGGGAGUGAUUCUGUUCACUUCUAGUGUCUGCUCUGUCGCUUGUGGGGAGUCGCCGCACGCUUACACUAUGUCCAAGCAUGCGGUGGUUGGGUUGAUGAAGAAUUUGUGUGUGGAGUUGGGGGAAUAUGGGAUUAGAGUUAAUUGUAUCUCUCCUUGUGCCAUCGCUACACCAUUGCUAAGAAAUGCAAUGGGGGUGGAGAAAAGUGUGGUGGAGGAAGUGCUUUGUGCCUCGGCGAAUUUGAAAGGGGUGGUGCCGGAACCGGAGGACGUGGCGGAGGCGGCCGUGUAUAUGGCUAGUGAGGAGGGCAAGUAUGUGAGUGGACUGAACCUUGUGGUUGAUGGGGGUUACAGCACCACUAAUCAGUCUUUCACUACGGUAUUGAAAAAUUUCAUGUCUUAAUC